AUGUUGUACCAGGUUUCAGUGUGGACUUCACCUGGACUCAGCUGUGGCUCCUUCAGCCAUCUGUGGCUCUCUCUGAUUGGCUCAGAGGGAGAGACUCCGCCCACCUGUCUCACCAGUGGAACCCAGCACCUGAUCUCGGGAUCGGUGUGCUCCGUCACCGUUGCAGCCGCAUCUGCCCUGGGUCGGGUAGUGCUGAUCCGGUUCAAACUGGAAACUCAGAAGGGACUUCCGGACCUACCCUGGCACUGCGAGCGGGCAGAACUUCGGAAGCUGGGGGAGGGGAUAGAUGAGGGGGCGGGGCCACAGGUGUUCCACUGUCAUCGCUGGAUCUGCAGCAACGACGAUGCCGUGGAGAUCCGCUCUGAGCAGAUGCUGCCGCUGAACCAGGAGACAGAGCCACGGCUGAAGCUUCACCGCCGCACAGAGCUGACACGUAAACAGCAGAGAUACAGGUGGCGUGUGUUUGUAGAGGGAGCUCCACACUGUUUGGACGUGAGCAGUGCAUCAGAGCUGGGCCCGGAGCUCACAUACUCCCACAAGAGUUCCACGGUGAACCUGCAGUACCUCAGAGGGUUCUCAGACCGAGCUCAGUCCUGGUUCAGUUUCAGCCAAAUGGAAACUGUCUUUGAGCUGAACGCACAAGGAAACCGCACUGCGAUGGCAGUGCGCAAACACUGGAGGGAGGACUGGUUUUUCGGACUCCAGACCCAGAUCGGAUCCAACCCUCUGGUCCUGAGGCGGAUCUGGACCCUCCCCCAGAACCUGUCAAUCACCUGUGAAGAGCUCCGCCCCUUUCUGCCUACAGAUACCUCCCUACAACAAGAGCUCCAGAAGGGGCGGGUCUUCCUGUUGGAUUACUCAGUGCUCGAUGGAGUUCCGUCCAAUCAGAUCAACGGGAAACAGACGUACAUGAGCGCCCCCUUGUGUCUGCUGCACCUGAGGCCAGAGGGGAAACUGCUGCCCAUCGCCAUCCAGUUGGCCCAGACCCCAGGACCCCUUAACCCGGUCUUCUUCCCCUCUGACUCCUCUGAUUGGCUGAUGGCCAAACUAUGGCUGCGAAUGGCCGAUUUCCAGGUGCAUCAGCUCGACUCGCACUUCCUGCGCACGCACAUUCUGUCAGAGCUGUGCGCCGUUGCCACACUGAGGCAGCUGCCGGAAGUGCACCCGCUGCACCAGCUUCUCAUGAGUCACGUCCAGACGUCUGUUCAGAUCAACUUUCAGGCUCGAGCCGUGAUGCUGAACCAUGGAGGAGUGUUCGACAUGGCGAUCGGCUGUGGCCUGGAUGCCCUCCCACUGGUCUUGGCCCGUUCGGCCUCUCGCCUCAGCUUCAGUUCUCUCUGUGUUCCCCGAGACCUGGAAGAGCGCGGCAUCGGAGACCUGCCCCAAAACCUGUACGCCCAGGACUCCAGGAGGGUGUGGGACGCCCUCAGCAGGUUUGUGACUGGCUGGCUGGACCUUUGUUACCGUGGCGAUGAGGACGUGGAGCAGGACGCAGAGUUGCAGAGUUGGGUCAAAGAGAUUUACGAGCACGGUUUCCCCCCAGAGAGCGGUUUCCCUCAGAGCCUCAAGUCCAAAGCCGACCUGUCGGAGUUCGUUACCAUGGUGAUUUUCUGUAGCUCCGCCCUUCACGCCGCUGUCAACUUCUCUCAGUUGGACUUUGGCCUCUGGAUCCCGAACACUCCUUCCUGUAUGAUGGCCCCGCCCCCGCAGGUCAAAGGUCGUGUGACGGAGGAGGACUUCCUGUCGUUUCUGCCGGACGUGAACACGAGUCUGCGCGUGCUGACGUCACUGAGCAUUCUGUCUGCGCACGCCGACAAAUAUCUCAUGUCUGCGUAUGCCAAUGAAUAUGCGAGUGUACGUCUUCUAGCCACGCCCACAUUUCACCUGGCCCCGCCCACACCCCCAUACCAGCAGCAAUUCCUCCACUCCGCCGCCCCCCGCAGGUUGGUGGAGGCAGUGCAGGCCGAGCUGAAGGCGAUUUCUGAUGACAUCACACAACGGAACACCGAGCUCGGGGCCAUUUCUGGUGACACCAUCACGCUGCCUUACAUUUACCUGGAUCCGGAGCGCAUCGAGAACAGUGUGGCCAUCUGA